GACUGUUUCGUUAUUAUUUUUCAGCAAAUUAUACUAUAUUUCAACAAAGGAGAUCAUGGUUUUGAUAAUGUCUACAUGGAUAUGAAGACCAUAUUCAGAGCUUUCGGGCCUGAUUUCAAGAAGAAUCACCUGGCUGAGCCCUUUGACAGCAUCCACAUCUACCCCCUCAUGUGUAAGCUCCUGGGAGUUACCCCUGAGCCCCACAAUGGCUCCCUGGCAGUCACCCAGGAAAUGCUGGUAGACACUUACGACCAGCACACAGGAGCAGAGAUGAAGAGGGCAUCUGCUCUCCAAAACACAGCAAUCGGUCUCACAGUUGUCACAGGAGUCCUUGUGGUUCUGUUUGUCGCUGGUGUGACAUUCACAGUCUUUUGUCGGAAAAAGAUGCAGAGAGCUGACCAAAACAGCACAAGUGAGCCAGAACGCAUGACCGAGCUCUAACAUCGUUCCUUCAGGACCAAGAUCCAAUCAUCUUACAUCAGAUGUUUCUACCCCAGGAUGCUGUGACUCAGAGGAUUUAUGCAACGUCUCAGACCCAGGAACCUUUAAUUCCUUGUAAAAACACAGCAUUAACCACAGUUCACACUCUUUACUUCAAUCAACUGUUGAUGGAAUAAAAGACAAUUUUUGUCAGAUCCUGUGCUCACAUGGUUCUUGUAGAAGAACAGAUAUAAGAGAACAAACGCAUUCAAUUAGAAUUAAUUUUCCUCUCUUGUUCUCAUAGCUGAGCAGGGCUCAAGUGUUUCUCAUCUGAAAGGGGUAAUAAGACUCAUCUGUCCCCAUGAACUGCAUUGUGCAAGUAUAUUUAACAAAUUAGCUCCCAAGAUGCUUCCAAAUAGAGUUAUUUCAAGAGAUUUAUGAAGGUAAACUUAUUAGACUCUGAACACAGUUCAAACUCCAGGGGCAGCACCAGUGCCUUUCACUGUCCUGCUUUUUACUCAAGAUAUAAUAAGGUCAAAUGGAAGUAACUUUUUUUCUUUUCUUCCCCAUCCCCACCUGUGUACCAUUCUGACUCCUUUCCGAAUUCUU